AUAAUACGCGUCAUCUUGUGUCAAGGGCCGCUGUUUCAACUCGAGCGAACGGCCAUAUUUGUGAAUUUGUAAAUGUGAACUGAUUCAGGAAGCGAAUAAAAAUGGAGCGGAUUGUGAAAAUUUCGUUUGUUCUAACUGUUUUAAUAAAAGCUGUGUAUUGUCAAGGCUUGGCAAUUGACUUCAAUAUCCAAACAGCUACUAAUUCUUCAUUACCAGCUGCUGAUGCUGGUGUUUCUGCUGACAGUACCUCUACUGAUAGGUUGCAGAUUAAUUGCAGACUUGCAAAUAUAAACAAUGUUGAAAGAUUUGAUAACUUAAGGUUGGGUAGGAUAACCAAAAAUGGAGUUGUACAAAACUUGGCAAAAUUGCAAAAUGCAGUGGCUGCAUUACCAGGAUAUCAGACACCAAUCCUUGAAAGUGGUGUCAUGAUGGUUGGAAUUCAGGUUCAUGGAAGUUUCAGUCCAACGAAUCCAACACUCGGAAUAUCACUACCAAUAUCUAGUCUGACCUGUAAUGAUGCAGCAACAUACAAUUGUACCUUGGAGUAUGGAUACGUGGAAGGUUCAAAUUAUAAACCUGCUGUAGCUGUUGAAGAAAAGAAUCUUACAGUGACUGUAAAGCCUCCUGGUAUAGAAAUGACAGCAUUCAACCAGUCGUCAACCAACUUUGCUGGGCAGCAGAUUACGGACUCGGGGACAGAAUCUUCUUCUCCGGCAAAAUUUUAUAUUGGUCAAGUGAUUAAAAUAACUUGCAAAGCAAGUCUUGGUUCAUAUCGGAAUGGUGAAAUCAAAUGGAGGAAGAGCAACAUAGUUGCAGGAAGCUCAUUGGCCAACCACAUUCCAAACUCGGGUGACCAUAUUGUAGGCGAGGUGCAGGCAGUUGAUGGCUGCCAGUAUCAGAAGACUGAUAGCAUUCUCUACAACAUGACAGACCAAGAUGCAACAAGAGCAUCCAACAAUCCUCUUCAGUUCCAGUGCUAUGUUGCUGUUCAGACUCCUUUCUAUGAGACACCAGAGGCAACAAGGAAAAACUUCUUCCUAAGAGUUUUUAAUGAGAAUGAAGAUCCAACUUCGGGAGGUUUGGCAACAGCAGGAUCGACUACCAAUAUUGCUGCCAUAAUUGGGGGUGUUAUUGGUGGAUUAGUGGGUAUUAUUUUAAUAUGUGCCCUCGUGAUGAUUUGGAGAUCUCGGAGUCGUGACUCGGGACCAAUGUGUCCAGGUGGAGAGUCGUACACGACUAAGGAAGAGCAGGGUGCCAGCAACCCCAAUCUGGCACCAGAGCCGCAAUACGCUCAAUCGACCAAAAAGGGUCAUGAGAACAGAGCGAUGGAUGAACGGACAGAUUCUUCACAUCGCUAUGCAAACGACUCCUACGAUAGGAAAGACAGGCACGACAGGAGCGAUAGGAAUGGUCAACGUGGGGUUGGUCGCAGGAAUCUUGCCCUGGAUGAUGACGAUGAAGAUUACCACAGCCGUGACGGCUCCCCAACCAUGAACCAUUCAACCCAUAUGGGCAUUGACCCAGAACACGGCGGUAUCGGCACAGGCGUGUAGAGGUGUUUACUAUUAUGUAUAUUGCAGCAACUGUCGACAAAAUGUUUCAAUAUCAUGCUAUUCAUGAUGUCAUCAAACAAAACAUUUUUCACAAUGGGGUCUUUGGGUUGAACGUGACAAAAUUGUUUUAUUCAGCAAAGUAGACAACAGAUCUUGUGGGGGCUGGGGGUCAAGGGGUGUGAAAAUGGUUCAGUUUAGCAAAGUGAGACCAAAAUAGUUCCUUUAUCAAAGGCAUACUGAUCGUGAUGCAAGUGAGAUGGCGUAUUUUGUAGGGCUGCCUCUGUGUGAAAAUAUGUUUGGCAAUGUGACAGUCAUUACAUAUACAAAAGCAGUUAAUUGUGUAAAGUAUCGCAGGGAACAUUUUGUAAAAUUAUUUCAUGACGUUUUUCUUGCAUCUAUCUUAUAAUAACAGCACAGUUUAAUGUCCAUUUACUGCGCACUAUUUGAAUGUUUGUUUUGUAAACAGAAUCGUAGUAUGUUUAAGUGUGCUAGUUUCUAAAAAAAUUAGUUUGUUUUAUAUUGUGAAAACAAAAGAAAAUGGAUGUUUAUGAUGAGGUUAAAUGACAAAUGUAUGGAACAUAGUUCAUGGUUUUGCUGUAUAAUAGACCAAAUUGUUGAAUACUUAUGGGUUAUUUUGAUGCUAAUAAUGUUUUGUAAAAUUAGAUUUAACUGUUAUUCUUUUUAAAGGAAAAAAUUAAAUGGAUAUAAAUCCUGUGCAUUCAACUCUGCUGUUGAAUCUGCAGCAUUGAAAGUAACCUUACCAUUCAUAGUUACAAAAAGAAAGACAAUCCUGAUCAGACUGUGAUUGUCAUGCCCCACACCAAAUGACUUCAUCUUCUUCACUUAAACAAAGUGAAUGCGUUAUUAAUCUAAAUAGAUUUUAUUUCUAUACUUGUUAUAUGGGCAAUUAUUUUUGAAAAUAAAAUUUAAGUACGAAACAUUUUUUUUUCAAAGUGGGCGUCUACUUGCAUUUCUAACAUGUGUACAUAUCAGUGUUCUUCUAUGUGCUAUACAGAAGUGUAAUUUUGAUUCUAUAUUUUAGCCUUUAAGGUCAUGUCAACUACAAAAUGAAUAUAAACAGACAUGUUCAAAACGCCUCAUUCCUUCAUAUGAAGUGGCAAGUGGAAAUGAAGGAUGUUUAAGUUGGUGAAGGAAUCAUUCAGUAUUGGUCAUUUUAAGCUUUAAAAGCCCCAUGAAAUAUACAAAUGGGUUAUGUGCCUCAAAAAACGAGGUCAGGUCAAAUUUCAGAGAAUCUGUCUUUGUCAAUUUACAAACAAACCAAACUUGUAUGGCAAUGUGAAUGAAACUUAUUUAGAAUGUUUAUUUUGAGCCCAAGUUUGGUUAUGUGUGUGGAAAAAAGUAGGUCAUUAAGUCAAAUCUUAGAAAAACCAUGUAACUGGUAAAACCAUAUGAAUGACACAAUCUUAAUGAUUAAACAUGGUCAUGAUGUUUACCUUUACUAUUCAAAGGCCAUGUUUAAAUAUGGUUCAAGUGUGCUAAAAUCCGUGUCACUUUGUCAAAUCUUCAACAUUUGGUGUAUCAUGGCCCUCUUGUUUUAAAAGAAUGAUUGAAAUGUUAUAAACAUUCCCACAGAUGCCUGUUUAUUCAAGUUUUUAUAGAUAUGAGGAUGUAAAUAAAAUGAAACACAUAUCAGAAUGUAUCAUUUUUGUAAGAAAAGUCAAAAAUAUUUGUAUGCAUAUUUUUGUAUAUAGCAUUAACAUUUUACUGUUUUAUGUUGUUUAUAACUGCGCCUAUAGUUUAAUUUUAUACAAAUGAGAAACUUGUGUAUAUCAAAUCCAUAUUCUUAUAUUAUUAUUUUUACAUUUUAAUGGUUGAUUUUAUGUGAUUGUUUUCUGAUGUUUUAUUAAUGAGUAGUUCUUUUGUGAUGUUAUUGCUUUUAGUAUUUGUAUUGUAUUUUUUAGUUUGGCUGUGUGUGUGUGUGUGUGUGUUUCACAUUGAUAUCACAUAUUUUGGGCACUAUAUUGAUCUAUCCAAAUUCGACAUUGUUCUACCAGUGUAUGGAAAACAUUGUUUAUUUGUAUGAACUUUCUUUGUUUACAUUAAAAAAAAAAUUAGAUUUUAAUGUCAUGUUCAGAAAUUUGGUAUAGUUUGUAAAUAAAAAAAUCAGAAAUUGUUUCUUCUUCAUUUAUCGUGUACUGUGGCAAAUCUAUGUGUAUUGUGGUAUACUUUCAUUUCAAGGGGUGUUCAAUAUAAAAUUGUGUGAUAUUUUGAAAUUGUAAUUUUAUGUCUCUUUGUCAGUACUAAACAUCACCUAGUGGGUAAUUACUAAUUAACUGUUACAAUUUUUUAUGUUUGUGCAUCAAUAUUAAUUUAAAGUAUAAGCUUCAGAAUUAGAUGUUGACUGCAAAUAAGCAAACAUGUAUUUCAGUGUUACCCCAAUUUAAGAUCUAAAUAUAGUUUAAUAAUGGCAGAUUUGAGGAUUUGUUUGUUUACUAUCUUGCUUAUCAUGUUUGCUUUAGCCAGAGACAGUGAUCAAUAAAGUUUGUUUGUAUAGCCCUUGUGUGGUUAUCAAAUAGUAAACAAUGAUGCUGAUAAAAUUUCAAAGGGAAGUAAAUCUGCAUUUUUACAUACAGCAUGAUCUCAGGAUUGCCUUCUCUAAAAAAAUGUGCUUAUUUUGUUGUACUGACAUUUUUUCAACAUUCCUGCAUUAUUAUUAAGAAAGUCAUAUUUUAGUAUUUUUCUUUGAUAAUUGUGAAGGGCAGGGCUUCUAAAAACACAUUUGUUUUUCAGAAGUUUUUCUGAAAGUUCAAUGAAAUCCAUAUCAAACUGAAUAAAGUUAACCUAAAGUGCUAGUAUAAGUAUGUGAUCUUUAGAAUGUGACCUUUGUUGUUUUUUUAACAUUAGAUCAACUCUAUUAAAUUAGUUAACACUUUUAUACCACAGGGGGAAGUUGCGCAAAUAAUUUUUUUUUUUAUACAUUUUUUUUUUUUUUGCAACUUCCCCCUGUGUUUUAUACUUAGUAGUUAUAACAUAUGUCUUCUUAACACAUUAGAUCUAAUUCUUUAAUGGGUACAUUUAGCACUUUCAUAUGUAUGGGUAGUUAUCAUGCUAGUUGGCCUCUAGUGUUUGGUAUUUCAAGGUUGAAACAAGAUUAAGUGUGCUAUUUAAGCCAAUUUUUAUUUUAAUAGAAAUUGACCAAAUAUGCAGUGCAUACUUUUUAUCUUAAAUUGUACAGUUACUAGAACUUUAUUUUGGGUUUCUUUGGCAGUUCAUCUUCUAAGCCCUUUUACAGUGUCAGUCAAUUUAUUAGGUUCUUGAGGGAAAAUCUAUGUUUAAACAGAGAACUUUAUCUAGUUUGAUUUGUGGGGUAUUUGGAACAGAACUUAAAUCCGUGGAUGUAUUGCGUGUUAACGGUCAAAGCUCCAGUAAAGUCAUUUAUUUUACAAACAAUAGAGUAUACAUUUUGACCUUUUUAAUGCGGAGUAACAGUUGUUUAAAUUGCAUAUUGUUAUUUUUGAACAGGUAUUUAAAACUGUACCUGAUAAAAUGACAUCAGCAAGUAUCUAAGGGAAGAAAACAAAACAAUUGCCAUAUAAUGUUCUGUCCUUCUAUUUUAGUGCACAUAUUUGUAUAGUUAUAUGAAAUCACAUAUUCUAUUUUAUAUCAAUUAUAUAUUGUACAUUUCUAUAAUGCUUUGUAUACACCGACAUGUAGAGAAGUAACCAAACAAUAUAAGAUGCCUAUGUAUAUCCUCCUAAAUACAUAUUUAAUCCACUUGGGAUUGUACUUUGGUUCAUAACAUACACAUUACAAAUUCGAAUACCAUACGAUAGAAUGACAGCGGCGAGCAAUCGCUAUAAUAAUAAUUAUUUGUAAUUCAUACUGAAAAAGUUGUUCAUGUUUAAAAUCCCCUUAUUCGUUGUAAUGAAUUAUUAAAUCUGUGGCAUCAUAUCUUGGUCUGUCGUAGCUUAUUAUGCACUUAUUUUAAUAAAUAUUUCAUUUAAUUUUUUGUUUACUCUGACACUUUAUUCGUCUGUAAUGCAUUUGUAAGCUAUUAGCACCAUAGAAUAUUAACUAGCAUUUCAUUCAAAAGGCUCAUAUCACCACCUUUUUGUGAUUGUUCAUUUCAGUUGGUUUAACUUUUUGAUCAUUUGAGUCGUGUUCUGAGGAAACUGGGCAUAAUGCAUGUGCAUAAAGUGUCAUCCCAGAUAAGCUUGUGCAGUCUGCACAGGCAAAUCAGGGACAACACUUUCCUCCUUAACUGGAUUUUCGUUUAGAAGAGACUUCCUUAAAACAAAACAUACCAAGCGGAAAGUGUCGUCCCUGAUUAGCCUGUGCGGACUGCACAGGCUAAUCUGGGAUGACACUUUAUGCACAUACAUUAAGCCCUGUUUCCUCAGAACACGACUCAUUUUAUAAUAUAUAAUUCAUCCUGAUAAUAUAACAUUUCGAAUUUUUGGUCCAAUAUCGGUAUAGGUGCACAAGCUUUUUACUGAUAAUAACAUUUUAUGUCAGAUGAGUGUAUAUCAUGCGUUUCCAGUUAUUUUCUUGUGCACAUUUUCUGUCUAUUUCUCGUCUUUCAUUCAUCAUCAACUGCUCAUCUUUGAUAUAUAAAACAAAUCCCCAUUCCCUCAUGAUCUGUAUAUAACCUCUCUAUAAUAAAAACUCGAUGUAUA